AUGCCUCUGAACCUCAAGAUUGAUCUGGACCUGAGGAACCUUGGAGACAAUACUGAUACAAAUGUUUCCAUUGCAGUGAAGGCCAACGGUGAACGAACAACUGGCUCCCCCAAAAAACCCUCCGAGACUCCAAAUCUGUCUUCCAGUCAGGCAACAAUCACCCCAAAGACGUUGAAGAACGAAAUAGAGAAUCCUUGCCAAUAUCCUUUCUGGGAAAACAUGCCCAAGAAGAACGCAUACCAAUCUAAAUAG